AUGGCAACUUACCGUGGAGAGAAAGUCCGUUCAUGCUAUGCAACUUGCUCGAUCGGCCACAAGAAGGAACAUGACCUCCCAGCCAAGUUGGAAGCGAUCUCGGAGGCGGGCUUUGAGGCCAUCGAGCUAUCGAUGCCGGACAUUCUUUCUUACGGGCAGCAGACCAUAGGGAAGGAAGUCGAUCCCAAGGACUAUGCCACGCUGAAGCACGUUGGCCAAGAAAUUCGAAAGCUCUGCGAGCAGCACCGAUUGCACAUACUUAUGCUACAGCCAUUUGCGAACUUUGAGGGCUGGCCAGAAGGCUCGGAUGAGCGCAACGACGCCUUCGAUAGGGCAAAGGGGUGGUCGGGGAUCAUGGAAGCUAUCGGAAGCUCCGACGCCCCGAAUAUAACAGGAGAAUUUGACCGACUCGCGGCUGAUCUGGCUGAGCUCGCGGACAUCUUCGCCAAGAAGAAGCAGCGGAUCGCAUAUGAGAACUGGUGUUGGGCCACACAUGCUCCCGAUUGGAAGGAUGUUUGGACGAUUGUGCAGAAGGCCGAUCGAUCGAACAUAGGCUUGUGCCUUGACACGUUCCAAUCGGCAGGAGGCGAAUGGGCUGACCCUCGCACUUCGUCUGGUCGAGUGGAGAAGGACGAUGUCGAUAGCGCUUGGCAGAAGAGCUUGAGAGACCUGGCUGCCACUGUGCCACCCGAGAAGAUCUUCUUAUUGCAGAUCUCUGAUGCGUACAAGAUGGAGACACCGAUCAAGGACGAGGUGGAUGAGAGCGGGACGAGACCGCGAGGGCAGUGGAGUCACGAUUAUCGGCCGUUGCCUUAUGAUGGGGGAUAUCUGCCCGUGGAGGAUUUCACGAGGGCGGUGCUGAAUACAGGAUUCUGGGGUUGGUUCUCGAUGGAAGUGUUCGAUGGCAAGGCACCAGAGAAAUACCCUGAUGAUAUGGGCCCAUAUGCACAGAAGGCCAUGAUUGCGAUGAAGAAGCUGCUGCAGAACUGUGCAACAACAGAGGAAGUUGCUGACGUUGUUUAG